UCCGGACUUUUGUAGCUACAUUGUCGUCGUGAUGGGGAAACGGAAGGGUCGCGGAAAGGCGGGAAAACACGGGCGUCAGGAGAAACGGGCCGGGAAGUUUCAGGAAGGGAAUUUUGAGCGUUUCUCGGCUCAAAUGAGAGAAGCUGUCGAGGAGACAUGUGAAGGAGAGGAGGAUCUCAGCCAAUCAGAAGGAGCAACAUCACAACCCCACCAAUCAGAUGAUGGCAUCCCUGUUGCCAUGGCAAUGUGGGACCUGAACCACUGUGACCCCAAGAGAUGCACUGGAAGGAAACUUGAGAGACUGGGCUUUGUCAGGACGUUGAAACUGUCUCAGAGGUUCGGAGGUAUCAUCCUCACACCUGUGGGAAUCAGGUGUGUUUCACCUCAGGACAGGGAGAUAGUCCUGCAUAGUGGCCUUGCUGUAGUGGACUGUUCCUGGGCCAAGUUAGAGGAAACACCAUUUGGGAAGAUGAGGGGAGGCUACCCCCGCCUCCUGCCUUACUUGGUUGCUGCCAACCCUAUCAACUAUGGCCGUCCCUGUAAGCUCUCAUGUGUGGAGGCAUUCGCUGCAACGUUCUACAUAGUUGGCUUGAAGGAGUAUGCUAACAGGUGCCUGCAAAAGUUCAAGUGGGGGAAGGGUUUCCUGGAGCUGAACAGGGAAGUGAUGGACAGGUAUGCAGCCUGCAGUGAUGGGGCAGCUGUGGUGGAGGCACAACAGGACUGGAUGGACAAACUGCAGAAGGAAGCAGCCGACCAAUCAGAGCCUGUAGAGAUGGACAUGAGUCUAGAACACUACAAUCCCAACAGACCUGUCUAUGACUUCCCAGAAUCAAGUUCAGAAGAAGAGACAGAUGAGGAAGAAGAAGAUGAUGGAGAUGAAAAAGAAGAUGGGAAGCAAAAAGGUGUUGAAGACACAGACUCUGACAAUGAAGGGGAUGGGUGUGAUAAGGGGGCAAGUGCAAAGAAGGACAGUAGUUCAACAAAAGACGUGGACAGUAAGGAGGAUACAGAAAGUGAAGAUGAUGACAAUGAUGAAGAAGAUGUCAGAUGGAAAGGACAAAAAGGAUGGGUUAAACAUAGGAGGUAACAGUAUUGUUCCAUCUGCACAUGUGCAGCAAAAUUAAUUGUUUUUAUAUGUCAACUGUGAAGGCCCUUAUCUGACUUGUUCAUGUUUAGAUACUUAUGCAGACAUGUUUUUUGUCACAGGGGCAUUCACUUGUGACAUAUAUGCAUGAAUAUUGCUUUUCAACAGUUGUUAGUUUGGAUAUCACUGCAACAGAUAAAUGUAACUAAUUUACUAUAUACAUAAAUGCAAUACAUGAAGAUUUUCUGUAAACUUAGAAAGCUUCUCCUUCAUCCUUGACUACUUGUAUUUCAUUACAGUGCAAUCAUGGCUAGAAUAAGAUGCAAAAAGACACACUGGUUAGAAUAUCUAAUAUGUGAACUGGUUACAUUUUAUCUAAAG